AUGCAAAAGUGCCGAGCUCCGAUUCCGUUUCUUCUCAUAGCUUGGGUCCUUGUGAUCCUGGAAGCAUCUCGCUUAGAUGCUGCCGUCCCCCGGCAGCCGGACAGUCGGAUUGUGAACGGGCGCGAGGCCGCCGAGGGCCAGUUUCCAUACCAGCUCUCGCUACGCCGCCAAACGGUCCACAUCUGCGGCGCCUCGAUCCUCUCCAGCAACUGGGCCAUUACGGCCGCACAUUGCAUCGACGGCCAUGAGCAGCAGCCGCGGGAAUUCACCCUCCGCCAGGGCAGCGUCAAGCGUACCUCGGGCGGCAGUGUUCAGCCGGUCAAGGCCAUCUACAAGCAUCCGGCCUACGAUCGGGCGGACAUGAACUUUGACGUGGCCCUUCUGCGAACGGCGGACGGUGCACUCAGCUUGCCGCUGGGCAAAGUGGCGCCCAUUCAGUUGCCCACCGUGGGCGAGGCCAUCUCGGACAGCUUGCCCGCCGUCGUCUCGGGCUGGGGACACAUGAGCACCUCCAAUCCCGUCCUGUCGCCGGUACUCAAGAGCACUACGGUGCUGACAGUCAACCAAGAGAAGUGCCACAACGAUCUGCGCCAUCACGGAGGCGUCACCGAGGCAAUGUUCUGCGCGGCCGCCAGAAACACAGACGCAUGCCAAGGCGACAGCGGAGGUCCGAUCAGCGCACAGGGGACCCUCAUCGGAAUCGUAUCCUGGGGAGUAGGCUGCGCGGAUCCGUACUAUCCAGGAGUCUACACCCGCCUGGCCCAUCCUACUAUUCGCCGCUGGAUACGGCUACUCACAAAGUUGUAGAAUUUCCGCUGAUUA